GUCUAUUAGGUCCUCGUUUCGUGUUUCUCUUCUUUCUUUCUGGUUCCCUUCGCUCACUAUUAAACCGACGCCUAACACCUCGCUUUCUCUCUUUUCUCAUAUCUUUUUCUCUUUUCGUUCAAGAAAAAAAUGUCUGCAACUAACGAGAAAAGCACUAUUGAUUCAGUCAGGGAAUGGGUUGUCGAUCACAAGCUUCGAACCGUAGGAUGUCUUUGGCUAAGUGGAUUAGCAGGUUCGAUUGCGUACAAUUGGUCUCAACCUGGUAUGAAAAACAGUGUCAGGAUCAUUCACGCUAGGUUGCAUGCACAAGCUCUCACACUGGCAGCAUUAGCAGGAGCAGCAGUUGUCGAGUAUUACGACCACAAGUCAGGAGCCAAAGCAAAACGUUAUGCAAAGUUCCUCCCUCCAAUGGAACACUCACAUACGCAUAAAGACUGAAGCCAAAAAGCUUGAUGUGCCAAGACGUCAUCCCAAAUUCCCAAUCUCCUUUAUUAAGAAAAUUUAGUACGUUUUAUGCAGCAGGGUAGUAAAACAAAUCCAUAAAAGAUUAUAUGACUUUUAUUCUUAAAAAAUGGCUGUGGUAACUUGUAAUGGAUUCAUUUCUGUGGAUAAACUCUCCGCAGAAGAGGAAAUAGUUUUGUUUGCCUGCUCUUUACAGUGUUAAUUUUUCGGUUUUUUAAGCAUCCAUUGGAACAAGGCAGGUAUAAUUGUUGUCAAAUAAAAUUUCCUUGAUACAGUGAA